AAUGUAAAAAAACAAGAAAUUUGCUCUCAGAUAUACUCAUUGCCUCAUUGGCAUUCAAAUCUCUCCGUUUUCUAUCCUAUAAAAGGCGGCUCUUACAAUAGUGGAGCAAAGGCAGAAGCCGCAGAACCCGAAGUCUUCUCCAGCAAAAAUGAAGUCAUCAGCCAUUUUGCUCCUCCUUGUCGAGAUCUUUCUCGUGCAGCAUGUUGGAGUUUUAUCUGUUCAACAGGAUUUUGAUUUCUUCUACUUUGUGCAACAGUGGCCUGGAUCUCAUCAAGAUACCGUUCAAGGUUGUUCGUCAAAACCAGGAAAAAUCAAAUCAGAUUUUGGUAUUCAUGGGCUGUGGCCUAACUACGUAGAUGGCACUUACCCUACCUACUGUGAUUCCGAAAAUCCUUUCAACCCAACUUCUAUCUCAGACAUUGAGAAGAAGUUGCAAAAGAAUUGUCCAGUAAUCGACUGCCCAAACAACGUCGGACUAAAAUUCUGGGGGCAUGAAUGGGAUAGACACGGGACGUGUUCAAAAUCCAUUCUAGACCAAUCCACUACAAGAAAAGUUGAAUUAAGCGACCAGGCAUUUUUGGUUGGAAAAGCCCAUAUUGAGUCGCUCUAA